CUAGCUCAUCGACACAUCGAUCCAUCCAUCGAGCUGAGCUGAGCUAGUAUGGCCUCCAGGAAGCAGCUGCAGGUGUACUGUGGGGUGCUCUUCCUUGCGCUCGUUUCCCUGCAGGCGGCCGUGCAGGCGUGCGAGCCCUACUGCCCGACCCCUACCCCGCCGGUGAUCCCGCCGCCGCCGUCGGGUGGCGGGGGGCGGUGCCCGAUCGACGCGCUGAAGCUGAACGUGUGCGCCAAUGUGCUGAACCUGCUGAAGCUGAAGAUCGGGGUGCCAGCGGGGGAGGAGUGCUGCCCGCUGCUGGGAGGGCUCGUCGACCUGGACGCCGCCGUCUGCCUCUGCACCGCCAUCAAGGCCAACGUCCUCGGCAUCAACCUCAACGUCCCCGUCGACCUCACCCUCCUCCUCAACUUCUGCCACAAGACCUGCCCCUCCGACUUCACCUGCCCACUCUAAAUCCAUCCAUCCAUCCCUCCCUUAAUUAUUAUUUAUCUAUAUAUAUUACGUUCGUCCAAUUAAGUGCUGUAUUUUAAUUGUCAUACUCAUGCAUGGACGCAUGUCGUCGGUCGAUCUCUCUCUCUCUCUCUCUGUGUUCAUCAAUCUGUCGAUCGCCAGUGAUCGAUAUUGAUGAUCAGCCCGAUCUCUGUAUCUUGUUAUUUGUAUACGCCAAAUAAAAGUUUCUUCCACUUGUGUUAACUAUA